UGGAGCAUCCUGCUGUCCUGCUGAGAGGCCAUUGCAGUUACGCCAUGGAGACACAGUCAACGCUCGGUGACCUGUCAACUUCUCAUCAGACCAAGACUGAACAAUCAGAGCACCAGUAUGUGUCUCAAAAAUCACCUUACCCAACAGUACUGCUGGUGAGUUCACCAGAACCCAUACAAACACCACCGGCGUCAGUCUCUGCCAGUCACGCGAUGAAGCGUCCUGCUGCGUUUAUUGACUUGACUGUGACGCCUGGUGCCUCACCGAGUGUGACAAAGAGGCCACGAUUGACGCCGGAGGAGAAAGCUGCGCAGCUAGCAGAACAAGAAGCGAAGCGUCUUGAGAGGGAAGAACGCAAGAAGGCUAAAGAAGUGGAAAGACUGCAGAAAGAAGCAGAAGCAGCAGAAAGAAAAGCGCAAGCUAUUAUGAAGCAAAAAGCACAAGAGGCAGAGCGCCUACAGAAAGAGCAAGCAAGGGAAGAGAAACGACGAGCUCAAGAAGAAAAGCGCAUGUCUGCUGAAUCUGCCAAACGUCAGAAGGAAGAAGCAGAAGCUAAAAAAGCACGCGCUCAACCAAAGCUCAGUUGCUUCUUUCAGAAAGUGGAAGCCAAAGUCCCAGCAUUGCUGCCACAUAGCAGUAUCAGCUGCUUCAAACCCUUUCAAGUCAAAGAGCAUAUGACGAUGGCUGCUAUGCCUAAACCAGGCGAUGAAGUCUCCUUCUGCCGUGCCAUCAGCGGACAAGACGCACCUGCCAUGCAAGCACAAGCGUUUCGAGAGCGUCGUGCGCGCAGGCUAGUGCGGCGAGACAAGUACAAGACUCUCCAACAAGUCAUGCAUGAAACAUCCUCUAUACCGCUUGUGCAGCGUCUCACUGGUAUCCCUACGAAACUCGCACAAUUCCACAGUGAUGUACGACCGCCCUACUUUGGGACGUACACGAAAGUGCCGAGCACUGCUGGCUUGAGGUCUGGUCGGAAUCCAUUUGCAAAAGGCGAUGGAUUUGAUUAUGACUAUGACUCUGAAGCAGAGUGGGAGGAUGACUUGGGCGAUGGUGAAGAUCUUGGCGAUGAAGAUGAUGCGCGCAGUUUGGCAUCACUGGAUACCUACAAUGAAGACGAUGCCAGCUUUUUGGAUGAUGCUGAGGAUGGUGAGAAUCGAGAGGCACGACGAAGCAUGGCACAAAUGAUUCCUGUCCUCCGAGGCCCAUUUGUGGGUGUCUCUCCAGAAGCCAUGGAGGCAGUCGGUCAUUUAUCACUGCAAGGACUGAUUGAUACGCGUGGCAAGGCAAUUGAUCCCUUCCAUAAUUACUGGGACGAGCCCAAAACAAUCAAGAAGGGCACACCACCGGGAAAGGGACAAACGACACUCCUUGCAACAGCAACUGGUAAUAGUGCUGCCUUGUUGCAACUCUCAGCCGGCAAGACCAACAGCAAGAAACGACCUGCCACUAUUGCCAUUCCAGAAGCACAAGUACCUACCUUCAAGAAGCAUGUGCAGGGCAGUAGCUUGAGUAAGAUGCUCUUGGUGGAGAAGCUGUAUCAGGAGUUUGGCCAGCAAUUGACGAAAAAGGCGAUUCAAGAGACAUUGGAGGCUGUUGCUGAGAGGCAGGGACAAGGCAGGCAUGAUGUAUGGGUCCUGAUCUAGGUGGUUAUAUUCAACUGAGUCAUAGUAUCUCUAGAAAUGCCGACUUGUUAGAUGUGACUGC